AUCUCAAAUCUAAAAUGAUGUCUAAUGAUCAAAUUUGGGACCUUCUCGGACACCAAAUUCAAAUUGAACUUGACACGGGUGACGUCAGAAGACAAGAAUCUACGACAGGACACUUGAUGACAAGGGAUCCUGUUAGCCAAUCGCUAUUAAUUGCGAAAAUUGAAGAAAAUUCUACUUCAAUUAAAUCGAUUGAAUGGAUACCAAGCUGCUCCGUGAAAUCGAUCAGAAAACUUAAAAAUACCGAAAACCCGGAAAUCCACGUGGCAAUCGAGAAAUACUUCGAGAAUGACGGAAUAGAAGGCGGUAGCAGUGGAGCUGAAGAUUCAGAGGAAGAUAUCAAGAAGAGAGCUCAUCGAGUGGUUAACUAUCUGAAAUCUCAUCAUUUGGAUGUGGUCGAGAAGCCUAAUGGCACAUACAUCAUCGCUGGAACUGUUCGAUUUGAGAGACCCUACCAUAAUGCAAACCUUUAUUGUGACAUUCCAAUUGUACUGAAACGAAUUUUGAAACUUGUUGAAGAAAUCUAAUGAUAUUGUGUUGCCAUUAAAUUAAAUAAUUCAAAUAAUAAAAGUUUUCUAUUCUUCU